AUGCAAUUCGCGCCGCCGAACCAUCCGUGCCGCACUUUGGAGAUCAAACAGGAGAUGCAGUUCGGCGAGGUGCCGCCGAACGUCAUUGUCGAUCCGAUAACGCAAGAGAAAAUCGACCAUCAGCGCCGAAAACAUCACGAGUUGAUAUUGACGACGAAUCCGAUUCAGAUUGUCCACGAUCCCAAAGUGUUUGGACCAUCGAAAUCGCUCAUUCAAACCGAGCGUGGAUUGAAGACGUAUGACGAUGUGCUGAAAAUGAAUGACAUCCGACCGCGUCCGCCGAAACGUUAUUAUCCGAGCUGCGUGGCGGAUUCGGAGGCUUACAUGCCUUCAAAGAUGCCGUGUCAUUCGGUGAAUUGGAAACGUCUGCUGUGCAAUGAGCCCGACACGAAUGCCGUCUACAAUUCGCAAAAUUAUAACCAAACAUCAAACAGCAACAACAACAACAACAACAAUAACAAUAUUUUUUCGCCGUUUAUUAAUUACACGUCGGAGACGUUGCCGAUGAAUCCGGACGGUGACGGAACGCGCUUCGAGACGCCGAGUCGAAUCGACAACACCACGUUCUCAUUCGAUGAUUUCAAUUUUCCGGAAACGUCGGAAUUGGCCAUCAGCGCCAACGAGGACAUUUUCAAGACGUUUGAGAAGCUUGGAGCACCCGAUCCGCCAACUUCUCUGUUCGAAGACGAUGAAUUCGCGAAAAUGUUAAGCAAUAGCUAA